GUUACUAUAGGUCAAUGUGUCCUCCACACGUGUUUUCUCUAAUCUGUCAAAAGCGACUGUAAUAGGGAGCUAGCAGGCUGUCCUCAGCUGUCUAACAACAAAUACUUACUUUAUUAUAACGCUCGUUAAUUAUUAUUUAUAUACAAUCAUGCUAAAGUCAGUAGUCCGUGCGGUCGGAACCGCUGUUCGUCUCUCCUCUGCCACCACAGCCACGGCCCGAGCUCUGCCGCUCAGUUGCCCCGCACUCUGCGCUCCUAGCUCGGCAACGACUCGGCCCUUCACCCGGUCUCUGUGGAUGCUGAAUAACAGCGGGGCUUCUUCGGGAUACAGACCGAAACUGUUCGCUUCAAAAGCAUUGACUCCUUCAUUAUCGUGUGGGUGUGGAGGACUGCAUACAGAAGGGGAUAAAGCAUUUGGGGAUUUCCUGUCUGAUGAAAUCAAAGAGGAGAGAAAGAUCCAGAAAAACAAAAGCCUUCCUAAGAUGUCUGGAGGAUGGGAGCUGGAGAUGAACGGCACAGAGGCCAAACUCACGAGACAUGUUUCAGGAGAAAAAAUCACUGUCACAUUUAAUGUCAACAACAGCAUCCCUCCUAACUUUGAGGAGGAGGCAGAUCAGCAGAAGCCACAAGAAGAGGAGCCAGAAAUUGUGUCAUCACCAAACUUUGUAGUUGAAAUAUCCAAACAGGCUGCUAAACAUUCCCUGGUGUUUGACUGCCAUUUCCCUGAGGAUGAGAUGAGCCACGGUGAAGGAGAGGAGGAGAGCGACAUCUUUGCCGUCCGUGAGGUCAGUUUCCAGCCUGAAGGAGACCCUGACUGGAAGGAGACUAGCUAUACACUCAACACAGACUCUCUGGACUGGGCCCUGUAUGACCACCUCAUGGACUUCCUGGCCGACCGUGGGGUCGACAACACGUUUGCUGAUGAACUGAUGGAGCUGAGCACAGCCAUCGAACACCAGGAGUACAUCAAGUUUUUGGAAGACCUUCAAGGCUUUGUCAAGUGCAACUAAUGUUAGAUAUAAACCUAUUUUCACAGUUCUUUAGUAGACACCCUGGCAAAGUUGGAGAUGUGAUAAAAUAAUACUAUUGCAGCACUGAUGACUGGGACUCUAAAGACACUUUACAUCUCUUGCUAUUGUGCUGCCAACAGUGGUCACGGUAAUACUUGUCACAGUAAUACUUGGCUGCAGGUAUGUUCCUUUGUUAAAAUGUGAGUUUAUUUUUCUGUAAUUUAAAUAAAAAAUAUGAAGGUCAUAAACAGUGCAGGUCAUAUCAUCAUGAGCAUAAAAUGCCCCACGAUUUAAGUCUUCUCUGCAGUUAUCUGACAUGGUUUAGUCAGUGUGUAAACUGUCCUAAAGCCAAAAAAAGGGAUUCCUAUGAUGUAAAAUGUAAUCAAAAGCUUUGAGGAGAAACACACUUCAGUUUCUGGGAUUGCUUUUUUCUUUCUUUUACACUUUGACAGUUCAAGUCUUACUUCUAUUUACUUUUGUUCUGGAACAAAUGUUGACUUAUUGAUUUGAGCCUGCAGUGACUGAAGACUAAUUUUGAAUGGCAUACAGCAGUGUGUCGUCAGAGAAUUAAAGCUAUAAGAGAUCCAAUAUCCAAUAAAACAAUUUGAUAUAAA